UUAAGUAAAAAAUAUUAAAUCUUCCCCAAUAUAUAGCAACGAAUUGAACAGAGUAAAAAUGUUGAUCCGUGUAGCUGAUAUCUUUGCUUCUCCAUCCAAACAGACGCUAAAGGUCUGUUUUACACUGCAUAAAUAUUCCAAUUUCAAUACAUUUUCUUCAGCUCCAUGAGAACAGUUCUUGUGGAGAUUAUGACACUCUCAAUUACCAAAACUUGUGCAGUUCAUUAACUGAUAAUCAAUGCUUUUUAAGUAAUCCUCUCAUUACUUGAAAAUAUAAUCAGUCUUCCUCUUGACUGCUAUUCUCCAUACACUUCAAGAAGAAAAAAAGUUAGCUUCUUUUCACAUUCCAACCCAACAUUUUGUCUCUGAACCGAGGAAAAAGGGCUCGACAAAUUGUUAUCUAAUAGCACCUGCACGAGUAGAAAUUUUCGAUUUUGAGUUGGGAAUUUCAUGGAAAUGAAGGCUGUUAUUAUUUGCACUCUACUUCUGUUUCCCCUCCUUUUCACUCCAUGCAUUUGCAGAGGGAAAUUGGAUGCGAAAACCAUGGAUUCAGAGAUUAAUUUUAUUGAUUAUAGAGGUCCAGAGACUCAUACCCAUAACCCGCCACCAAAUAAGUCUCGUAAUCACCCUAAAAUUCAACGUCAAAGUACAGUGGCUGGUGGAAAAUCCAAAGGUCAGAUUUAUAAAGCCAAGAAAACUGUAAGAUCUUCUUCACCCAGUUCAUUUAGUUGUUACAUUUAUUGGAAUGGUUAUUACUGUUAAAAGUUUAAACUAUUAGAGAUAAAUUAUCUUGAGGCUGUCUCUUCAUGCUAAUAGUUUUAGCUUCAUAUUAAGGUCAAGAUCGAUGUUAUCACUAGUAUCAAUACCGAUACCAUCAGUUUCCUUACCUUCGGGCUUGUUAUCAGGAACUUGUUUAGAAAUAUGCUAAUAAAAUGAACACAGGCUUGACGGAAUCCCCGUGAUGAGGUAUUUAUCUAAAAUCCUCGAAACGAAAAAGGUGUUUGCAUUAUAUAGAAAUUGCAAAGGGCAGACUAGAUCCAUUUUUCUCUUUUUUAAGGUUUUGUGAAACUUGAAUGAACAACUCAAUCUAAAAUUUUACAAUGUUAAGGGGAGAAGAAUUUAUUUCAUUGUAUAUUGAGCAAUGGUGUUAUUUUGUUUUGAUCUCUCAUUAAUCUAUGGUUGUGCCU